CCCUCCCUCUCUUGCCAGCAAAUAGACUCUCUGUGCUCUCUGUGUUUCCCAUGCAGUUACUUUCCUGUGAUGAACUGAAGAGAGGAAGGAGGAGGCAGCCCGAGUUAGUAGCAGGAGACAGAGAGUUGUUGCAGGUAGGUAGUGUGCAGCUUCCGGAAUGGACACUGUUCUCCUGCGAAAGAUCCGUAAGAAACUGAGACAGAUUGAGACCCUUGAGCACCUGCAAAGGGAACUAACCGAAAGCGAGAUUGAAAAGGUUUCCCGGAAAUUCGAGCUUCGCCAUGAACUAGAGGAAGUGCUGGCUCGGGAUGUGACUUUGGAUUCCAAGGAAAAGAGUGAAAAAAAAGCACAUACUAAGGCCACUGAUAGAUUGGCUUUACCUAUUCAUGCCAAGUCUUCUGACAAUCGCCCAAAACCCUCCAACACUCCCUGCUCACCCCCUGCUGCUGAAUCUGCACCAAAGCGUACUCUGCCAGUUAAAGUAGAUUCUUUUCCUUUGCAAAACUCUAGGUUCCAUGUUCGCUCUUUAAAGGGACACAAUGAUCUUGUGACAUGUGCCCUCAUACACGGGACAUCAAUAGUAUCUGGAAGUUGUGACACAUCUGUCCGCGUGUGGGAUAUGAGUUCUGGAUCAGAGCUGAAGACACUGUGCGGUCAUACGGGAGGCGUCACCUGUCUCACACUUAUCUCUGAUGUUGGAGCUGCAGCAUUAGACUCCUCUUCUUCAGUACCUAAUGAAACGUUUCUGGCUAGUGGGUCAUCAGACUGCAGCAUCAAAGUAUGGAGCUUGAACGAAGGUCACCAAGAGCUCAGUAUCUACACGUACUCAGGGGUCUCCUCUAUCACACACAUUCCGGAUACACAGCUGUUGGUAUCUGGAUCAGAGGGUGGGAAAGUUGAAGUUUGGGAUCUUCAGACUAAACAGACUGUAUACUCAAAGCGAGCGCAUGAAGACUCAGUAAUAACCUUACAGGUUCACUUUGGGUUCCUUUACUCUGGUUCAGUUGAUGGCUUCCUGAAAGUGUGGAGGAUCUCCUCUUCAGGCUCACUCAGUCUUAUGCACUCCAGUGAUUCACAUGCCCACUCUCUGCAAGGCCUGAGCUCUCUCUGUGUGGCUGGUGAAUGUUCUGUGUACAUCGCAACACGUGGGACAAGCUUGAAGGUGCUCAACUGGAAACAAGAUCGUCUCACGCGUUUAUCUAAUCACCUUCUUGACUCUGGUUUUGUUGAUUCUGUCGCUCUCACGUCAGACAAUCUUCUGAUCGCCUCUGGUUAUAAUAUUGACCGUGGAUAUGGAUACCUUAAUGUUCGAAAUGGGGACACAGGAAUGUACCUGGGCACUCUUUCACACCCAGAUCUUCCCCGUAUCAUGUGCCUUUUUGCUUCCCAAAGUCUAAAUGGUCGGUGCUGUUGGGUGACAGGGGGACGGGAAUUGUUGCUCUGGGAGGAAUGCCCAAAGGGGACCAAGCUGCCAGAAGGAAAAGCCUUGCAGUUUCAGUUUUGCUCUGGUUUCCUGGAACCGGCUCCAGACACAGAAUCGGAGGAAGAUGAAGAUUCGGAGCUUUGGGAAGCUGAUACAGAUUCCGUCUCAUGUAAUUCAGAGCAAGGAAAGACACAAGGCUGGCUAUGGUGUGUCCUGAUCUAGCAAACUCCGCAGACUUUUGUUCUGCUGUUGUUGUGCCUUUGUUUUUAUAAAUGACACUCUAAUAAACAUACGGGAAGAUAUUGUAA